AUGACAUGCGGCUCGUCGAACCCGCCGGUCCAGCCUACCUACACGACGGCCGGUACCAUUUACAAUCCAAGCUCGUCCCAGCCCUUGCAGCCUCCAACGAGACGAGGACGAUCGCUCAAGUGGACGUCUGGCGGUGCAUACUCCGACCUUUGUCUACUACCACGCUCCGUCGUUGCGUAUCUUCAGACCAAAAACAACGACCGCAACUCCCCGUAUUCUGCAGCACAGUAUACGCCGCUGCAGCAAAACUACGACCGAGCGGCCAAUCCCAUCGGCAGGAACGGCUACUUGGAUGACAUGCGUUCCACCUGGACCGGUACGCCAAGCAGAGAGGUAGACGAGAUUAUGGGGUACAGUGCUAGCGACCGGGACCACGACGGAGAUGACGAGGACGAGGACGAAGACGACGGCAUGGACAGCAUCAUGAUGAACAUGCCUGUCAAGUCGCUUCACAAUCUCGCCUCAUAUCCAAACCCCAACCAGAGGAAGGCUCGGAAGGUCCUCUUCCGUCCGUUGAAGCCGAGACUCAACUUGCAGCAUACUUAUAGUGCAAACGAGAUGCCGAGCCAGCAUUGGGACGCAAGACCAAGCCUUGAUCCGGUGUAUGAUCGAUAUUGGGCCAAGCCGCGUCUGUCUAACUCAGACUCCGUGGCAUCACAGCUGAUGGCCAGAGCUGAACUGCAGGGCAUCACCGAAAGGGGUCAGAGGGAGGGACAAAGCCCGCCACCCAAAAGCGAGAGCUCUGAGCAGAGCAGUGCCUGGCUUACGCACCUAGCCCUCGGUGCCCCGAGACCCUUGACGGCUGGACCGCCUGGACAGCGUCAAUACCGAGCGUCGACGUUCAAGUCUACCUUUAAAGCCUUGAGCACUGAUUCUAAGGCCGCAAAGCCGUUGGAAGAGGAUGUCGGGUACGCCGUAACGGCACGAGUGCUGCAGCAUGCUGGGAUUGACGAUGCCCAGGGCAAGCUCGCAGACUCGCUGUCUAGACAAGAGUCUGAGGCAAGCUUCUACACGCAGCUAUUCCAAGGCAGCCAGAUUCUGCCGGCAGGGUCGCCAAAUGGGAGCUGCUACGGGACUGUGGGAUCCCCUGACAAAGGCAAGCGACGAUGUGACGCGGAUGAGUUUGCAGGGUUGGAUCCCGAGGCGGAAGGCCCUGAGUGGCGGGUACCGUCGCGGUGCGUUAGUAUUCGAUCUCGUACGAACCCCGAGUACCAGGCAGGUCUCGCGGCUUACAUGGAAAGGGUGAAUAGAUGGUGGUAUUCGGGCUGCGAGAGGCUUUGUGACGAAGAGGCGUUGGAGGCGGGAAGGGCUCAGGCAUGGUGCGUGGGUGUAAUUGGUGAUGGGCGACAGGGACAGACCGGACGGAACAGGCACGCGCGGCUUGGGACUGAAGAAGCGAACAAGAUGGAUGCGGCAGAGCACGCCAAGCCGCUUCUCGAAAUGGCUGUGGCGAACCUGGAGCGGAAUUUUGAAGGGAUGAUGAAGAGCCGUGGGGGUUAG